UGCAGGAAGAUGGUGGUAUCGGCCGAGAUGUGCUGCUUCUGCUUCGAUGUGCUUUACUGCCACCUGUACGGAUACCAGCCCCCGCGGAGCCCCCGCUUCACUAACGACCCAUACCCACUGUUUGUAACGUGGAAGAUUGGUCGAGAUAAACGAUUGCGUGGCUGCAUAGGUACUUUUUCCGCCAUGAACCUGCAUUCAGGACUCAGGGAGUACACACUUACUAGUGCCCUUAAAGAUAGUCGUUUCCCCCCAAUGACGAGGGAUGAGCUGCCACGGCUUUUCUGCUCAGUGUCUCUACUUACUAACUUUGAAGAUGUGUGUGACUACAUGGAUUGGGAGGUGGGUGUACAUGGCAUUAGAAUAGAAUUCAUCAACGAAAAAGGAUCAAAGCGCACGGCCACCUACUUACCAGAGGUUGCAAAGGAGCAAGGAUGGGACCACAUUCAAACGAUAGAUUCCUUGUUGAGGAAAGGAGGCUACAAAGCUCCGAUUACUAAUGAAUUCAGGAAAACAAUAAAGCUAACCAGGUACCGCAGUGAGAAGAUGACGAUGAGCUACACAGAGUACCUUGCCCAUCGUCAGCAUCAUCACUUCCAGAAUGGUAUUGGGCACCCCCUUCCAGCAUACAACCAUUAUUCCUGACACUGAGCCGCAUGACCAGUCACUGGACCUCUCUGCAGACCUCUUCCCAGGAGACCCUGCCCCUUCUUGGUCUAGCUAUCUCUAUUACUGUACCAUUUUAUGAUGAUAGUUUCCGUUGCCAUGUUGAGGCUUCUUAGUUGGUUCAGCUCAUCGUGGCAACGGGAGGGAAAACUGCAUUACUACAAAGAUCCCAUACCUUUUUAUUAUUGAUUCACUGCAGAUUUUUUGCAGCAUAUACCGUUAGGUUUUUUAUGAAAAUUUAAAUUUCUACUUCAUUAACAUUGAAUUAUAUCAAUCAAAGCUUUCUGUAACUGUGGAUGGAAGGAAGAGUUUAAGGACUGCAGUUAGGGAUGCUUUGCAUAACAAAAAAGGAUUCAUGGCUUUUGCAUUAAUGGGUGUGAUAGGGAAUGAAACAUAUCAGAUUCAGGUAUUGAAGUAGACAAUUAAUUGCAUUUUCGUAACAUUUUAAUGACUUUGUGUGUACAAUAUCUCACCUUCACAGUAAAGAUUCCAUGUAGCUCUGUACAGGAUCUCCAGAUCCAGCACAAACAGCCAGAACACCAAGGCUGACAUACAGAAUGGUUUUUUGGGAUGAAGAGACGCAACUUAUGUUCAGCGAGAGGUGAUGUUAACAUGGCAGCAUUUUCAGAAUCAAGUGGCAUAAAUGAUAGGGCACAAUCCAAUCCAGGACCUCUUUGUGUCCCCAUCCUGUGCUGGGAAUCAUGGGCAGCCCAGGCCUGUCAGGACUAGUUAGGAGAAUGCAUUUGUAAUGAGACUCUGCCUUUCUGAUGACUCAAAUCAGGAGUAACUCAAAUUUGUGUCCUCAAAAGGAGGUUGGUGAGUAGCAGAUGUCAUAUUAGGAUAAAAAUGUAUUUAGAUUUUAGUGCCUUUGACUAUAACAUAAUUAUAUACUUAUAUAUAAGAUUAAUAGAAAACAUAUACUCCAGACAUUCUAGCAAACCCUGUUGAGGCUGCUCUGGCAUCAGGGUUUUGGACAUUUUUUUUCCUUUUUAAAGUGAUUUAUUUUUUUGUUAUUUCACCUGCUCUUGAACUUACUGACUUUUAUCAAGACAUGAAUAGUUGGAUCAAGUUAACUUUUGUUUAAUAAAAGAAAAAAGACUGUUAUGAGAGAGCCAGGACAAGCAUGCCAUAAUGUUACAUGUUUUCAUCUAUUGCAGGAAUAGUGCUUGAGAGCUGUAAGUACUGUGUAAUAAUUCUGAUACCCCUCCACACGGUAGAAGAAAGAAAACCGAUUGGAACUUUUUCCUGCU